AUGGAUGCCAAAUGGUCCAAGAACACUGAUCCAACUGGUCAUGCUGCACUUGGUAUACAUGCAGCUAUGACUUAUACUGUUGACUAUGUUCUUUUGGAUUAUGUUUUUGGUUUGACAUGUAACGAGCAGAAACUUCAAACUUUUUGGGGAAAGAUACACGAUUACUAUCAUGAGUACAAAAGUUUUGAUAGUGAUCGUUCACAACUAAUGCUGAGCCAACGAUGGAGAAAAAUACAAAGGCUGGUGAACAAGUAUUCAGGAUGUGUAGCUGCUAUAAAUUCAUUAAAUGAAAGCGGCAAGACUGAACAAGACAGGAUUGCAGAUACAAAAAAAAUGUUUGAAGCACAAGAAGAGUGUAAGUGGAACCUUGAUCAUGCUUGGAUUUUGCUGAGGCACCAACCAAAGUGGAUACAACUAAAUCAAGAGCUGAACAACAAAAACAGUAAGAAAAAAUCUAAACCUCAUAUCUCAACAUCUUUAGCUAUAGGCAGUGAUAUAGACAUUGAGGAAGAAAUUAAUAUUUGCAAUCCAGUAGCUAGACCACCAGGUAAGAAAACUAAGAAAAGAAAGCUGAAAGAAACAAGUGAUCAAUUGGUUCUAAUUGAAAAACUGCAUCUAGAGAAAAAAGAAAGAGAUGAAAAGAAACUAGCUAUUAUGAAGGAGAAAGUUGAAGUUGAUAAAGAGAAAUUGAGGGUUAGAAAACUUGAGGUUGAUAAUAGGAAGUUUGAAGCAGAGAUGAGAAUCAUGUCUAUGGAUACUUCUAAGAUGAACCAUGAGGAAAGGGCAUACUAUUCCAAACUACAAAUGAAGAUUUUGCAGGGUGACAACUAG